GUAGUAAAUCCUACUGCACGUGAUGGCUUCUUCAAAGUUCUCCUGGAUUCCUCGAAUUUCUCCUGGAUUCCAUCUGAUAUUUUAGGUCUUACAGACAAGUAUAUGUACCUUCUGUCGCUCGUUUCUAUUUCUCUUUAUGUUUAAGCUCUAGGACCCGGUUCUCUUCACUUCAUCGACGCCUUGUGACCUCGUCUGCUUCGAAUCACGGGGAAACAAAGGGCAUCAAGGUCGAAUAACCUCACAAUACUUCGCAACGAUGAAGAUUGAGCCAUUCCGCAUCAAUGUGCCUCAAACUGAAAUAGACGCGCUUCGCACGCGACUAUCCAGCACCCGCUGGGCUCCUGAGUUGGACAAUCAAGACUGGUCUUACGGAGUCAAUGGCACCUACUUGCGCGAGUUGGUGGACUAUUGGCAGAACAAGUUUGACUGGCGUGCACAAGAAGCACAGAUCAACAGCUUCCCACAGUUUCGCACCGAGAUCGACGGCGUGCCGAUUCAUUUCAUUCAUGUUCGUGGAAAGGGUCCCAAUCCCGUUCCCAUCAUUCUGAAUCACGGAUGGCCCUGGAGUUUCUGGGACUUCAAGGAUGUCAUCAUGGCACUGGCGGAUCCCGCUGCUCAUGGCGGUAAUCCUGAAGAUGCGUUUGAUGUCGUUGUCCCUUCAUUGCCAGGCUUCACUUUCUCAAGCCCGGUGCCCAGGAAUGGUGUAGGGUAUGUGGAAACAGCGGAUAUAUGGGUCAAGCUGAUGCGGGCAUUGGGCUACGAGCGCUUCGUAACCCACGGAGGAGAUGCAGGGGGGUUUGUAAGCUCGAGACUGGGACAUGCGUACCCGGAAUCCAUCAUGGGUGUCCAUCUGAGCUUCCCCAUCUUGCCGGGUGUGCCUCACGAAGAAGCUGGUGACCCAGCCGAUUUGACUCCAGAAGAGCAGGCUCUGAUCAAAGGGCAGGACAGAGGGCCAGGCGCCUUCAUUCAUGUCAUGAUCAAUGCCUUCGACCCGCAGACGCUCGCCUGGGCAAUGCACGACAGCCCAGUAGGCCUGGCAGCAUGGAUACUCCUUCGUCGCCGUGCGUGGAGUGACUGCCAUAGAGACGUGGAGACCAAGUUCGAUAAAGACACAUUGCUUACACAUCUCUCGCUGUACUGGUUCACCAACAGCUUCGUCGGAACCGAGCUGUUCUGUCGAGCAUCGGUCUUUCCCCAGCCCAUGGCGCUCGUCAACGAUAUCAAACCUGAGAUCAGCGUGCCGACGGCCGUUGCCGUGAUGCCGAAGGACUUGGUGUACAAGCCUCGCUCCGUCGUCGCCGCGCAUAGUGAUCUUCGUCAGUGGACAGUAUUCCCCAGCGGGGGACAUUUUGCAGCAGCGGAGGAACCAGAACUCAUGGUUAAAGACAUCCGCUCCUUCGUUCGCCCAUUGCGUCAAGGGUGAUCAUAGUCACCGUGGGCCACUUCAUGUUUAUCACAGAAGUAGCAGACGAGUCGUUCUUCCGCCUAGGCUUUGAUUUAUUGUUUGGUAGGAUAACUUUGUACACUUUGCAUUGCAAAGUAUUAGGGGCAUAAAUGAAAUAUGGUAUGCAAAGCAUUCUUUGCACAC